GACCGAGGGAGACGACAAGAACUCCACUCCCCACCCACCCACGCCGCUCCACACCUCUCGUUUUCACUGCCCUGCCGCAGCAAAGAACAAAGAGGGAGAGAGGAAGGGGGAAAAAAAGGCGACGCGCCUCGCUCUCGCCAACUCCCCUGCUCCACAAGACCACUCGGAUCCCAAUCCGAGCCCUGCUCGUCUUCGGCGUCGACGGUCCCGCAACCGAGAGCCCGCGCGGGCGAGCCAGCCACGCAGCGGCGUGGACUGGGGGGGGGGAAGACGGUAGCGGGAGGGAUGGACCCCGAGAAGCGCGGCUACAGGCUCCAGGAGUUUGUGGCGCACGAUGCUGACGUGAGGUCCCUGGCCAUCGGCAAGAAGUCUAGCCGUGUCUUCAUCACCGGCGGCAAUGAUCGCAAGGUCAACUUGUGGGCCAUUGGCAAGCAAACUCCGCUUCUGAGCUUAUCAGGCCACACAAGUGCGGUGGAGGCUGUGCAGUUUGAUUCAGCAGAGAUGCUUGUGCUUGCUGGCUCAUCAAAUGGUUCCAUCAAGCUCUGGGACUUAGAGGAAGCUAAAGUUGUGCGAUCUCUUACCGGGCAUAGAUCGAGUUGCACUUCUGUUGAAUUCCAUCCAUUCGGCGAGUUUUUUGCAUCUGGUUCGUCAGAUACAGACCUGAAGAUCUGGGAUAUAAAGAAAAAGGGAUGCAUUCACACAUAUAAGGGUCACAGAGGAGCAAUUAAAAGAAUCAGGUUUACCCCUGACGGGCGAUGGGUUGUCACCGGAGGGGAAGAUAACAUUGUGAAGGUGUGGGAUCUGACGGCUGGAAAGCUUUUACAUGAUUUCAAGUUCCACAGCGGACAAAUUAAUUGUAUUGAUUUUCAUCCUCAAGAAUUUUUGCUUGCGACAGGCUCAGCUGAUCGGACAGUGAAAUUUUGGGACCUUGAAACUUUUGAAUUGAUAGGUUCUGCUGGACCCGAGGGUUCUGGAGUACGUUCUACGGUCUUUCACCCAGAUGGUAAAACCCUUUUCUGUGGAUUAGACCAGAGCUUGAAGGUAUUCUCUUGGGAACCAGUAAGAUGCCAUGACGUUGUUGACAUGGGGUGGAGUAAUUUGGCUGACCUUAGUAUUUAUGAAGGGAAACUAUUGGGAUGCUCCUACCAUGAACGACGUGUUGGUCUAUGGGCUGCUGAUAUAUCACUCAUUGGACCCUAUGCUCUUGGUGUGUUGCCCAAAGCAAAUUUUUUUGCUGAGCUUGUGCAGUCUAUGGAUGAUAAUCCUGUGAAGCCAAGUGAUAGCACUGCAAAUUCUAGUCCUGCUUUAGCAAUGACGCAACCGAAAAAUUCAUACAAAGUCAAGGAGCCUGGGAUUGCUGAAAGCAGGGUUCGUGGCUCACAUUUGACUCCAGCAAGUACAGAUAAGAUCAAGAAAGAUAGGAGCAGUACUAUUCCACGAAGACCCGAUCCAUCUUUUAGAUCAUCUAUUCAGAGUUCUACUCCAAUGAGGCGUAUGAAGCUUGUUGAUAGUCCUUCCACCAACCCAAAAACAGUGGAACGCAAUUUUGGACAGAAAGAUACCCCAUUAACAUCUCAUACAAGAAUAGCCAAAAAUUCUUCUACUGCUAAGAAAGGCAAUCUUACGGAGUCAGCAUCGGUGAAAGAUAUUUAUACUACGUCGCAGGCUGUUUCUGCACCUGUUGUUGUACCCAGAGACAUUUUGGAGGACAAAACAGUAAGCAGUGUUUGCAGAGGAAAUGGAGGCACAACUACAGCCCCAGAUGCUUUUCAGGUUCCUGUUCACAGAAGAAAACCUUCACUUAGUGGCACUGCUGCUGAUAGUGAUAGCUCAGUAGGAUCCGUACUCACUGAACCUGAUGUUUGCUCAGAGGGUUUGUCAAGCUUACAGUUCUCCUUUGGACUAUCUCCAUAUUACAAAAAAGAAGAAUACGGUGAGGUGGAUAAAGAAGAUAUUGCACAGAUAGCAGAAAAGAUGGAUAGAACAGUGUCACUGGAGCAUCCUCUGCGGUCCAAUGACGAUAAGUCCUUUGAAACACCAUGCUCAACAACAGAGACAGCCAGGGUGAAAUAUGUCAGAGGAGUUGCUGUGCCACUGGGAAAAACAAAGUCUCUUGUUGAGAGGUGGGAAAAGAGGGAGUCUUCUAGCAAUGAUUAUUCACCACAAACUGGUUCUUGUGGUGAUCGGAUGUUGAAAAAUGACAGCCCUCCGGCCUAUUCAGCAGAACCAAGUCAGACAUAUGAAAAGGAUUUGUCAACAGUGGAUGAGGUGAUGACGCCUGCCAAUUUAGUGCAGAAUCAUGACGAAUUCAUAAAUGCUGUAAAACUUCGGCUGACAAAAUUGGAGAUGAUGCGGCAUGUCUUUGAGCAAAGUGGUAUCAAAGGAGCAAUUGCUGCAGUGGCAAAGCUGCCUGACAAUGCUGUUCAAGCUGAUGUUGUUAAUGCUCUCAAAGGGAAGCUUGAUCUUUUCAACCUGGAGAUUUUCUCAAGCUUUCUGCCUGUUCUUGCCGGGUUGCUGAGUAGCAAGACUGAAAGGCAUGCUACAGUUUCUUUGGAAAUGUUGUUGGAUCUUAUAAAGAUUUUUGGACCAGUUAUACAUUCAACAUUAUCAGCAAAUUUAGGCGUAGGAGUUAACAUUCAGGCGGAGCAAAGGUUGCAACGUUGCACACGCUGCUUUAAUCAUUUGCAAAAGAUUCAACAAGUUCUGCAUCCAUUGAUGAUGCAGGGCGGUGAAUCAGCACAACUCGCUCAAGAACUAAGUCUCUCGUUGCAAGACUUGGUGGUGAUCUAAAACAACUCGGGUGAAUCUCAUCCGUACGGCGGAGUAGAUACCAUUCUUUUUGGCGAAAAGUGCCCACAGUUGUGUAGCUUGUAAUUUUGUCAUAGCUUUGCAAGCGGGUCUUGCAAUUGUUGUUUUGGCUUAGGCUGGCAUUCGGCCUUUGUUCCCCGUUGUAUAUGUAGCCUGGCUGUGCAUCAGUUUGUAAUUAGCCACAUUUGCUGUAUGGGCAGCCUUGAUGACACAAAGAUUAACGGAAACAGGAAAGGAAACAAUCAGAAAAGGACAAUUUAGUUUCUUGCGAUUUCUAGUUACAACUGACAGCCCCAGUUGGCGGUAUGGCCCAUGUAUCAUGUGAUGAUUGUUCA